GUCACGGAGCGGACACCCGGAGAAAAAAACACGGGCCGCCGGCCGCAGAGAGAGAGAGAGAGAGAGAGAGGGGAGGGGGGAGCAGCGCCGCGCCGUGCGAGAGCCGAGCGGAGCGGGCUCAGGUAGCGCAGCCACUGACACGGGUAGAUGCGGCGGAGCAGAGCAGGUAGACAAUGAACAUUACAGAAAAGAAUGAAGAGCCUGGAUUCAGAGCACCAUUCAGAGGUCUAAACCCUUCAGUCAAUAAGGAUGAAGAGUUGGGAAAAGGAGAGCUUGUGGCAAAAGUCAAUAUUGAUGUGGUCAAGACAGAAGUAAAUGUGAAAGAUGAUGAUGAUAUGGGUGAUUUUAGCCCAGACAGAGCUGCAGAGACCAGCAGUAUACAAGGCAUAGCAAAACGGAAACAUAUGCAGAAUGGUUUUAGUGAGGUGACCACAGAACAUGAAAACCCCAUCAUCUUCAAAAGGAGAAGAGUUAACUGUGAGGAUAUGUUUGCAAGUUUGAGGGGCACAAACUCUGUAGUGUCUUCCCAGAGAUUCCUGGAAGGUGCAAGCAAAAUCAAGGACACCAGUUCAGCUCUGCUGAUGGAAAAUGAAGACACUCUACAGGCCAGACACUCAUUCAGGAAGCCCUUGUACAGCAUCACACAUAAAAUAUCAGACCGGCGAAACGUACAAACUAUGGACCAGCACGUGUCAGUUGAGGCUUCAGACAGAUCUUACCUCAACAGUCUCUUACAGCAACGAAACCUUACUGAUGCUCACAAGAAUUAUUCUUGUAACCUAUCGGCCCAUGUUGCCGAAAGUGACUCAACCCUCUACUCCUUAAUCCACAAAAUGUUUUUCACACUCAACACUUUGAACUCCACCAUGACCCAACUGCACAGCAAGAUUGACUUGCUGUCGUUAGAGGUGAGCAGAAUUAAAAAGCACGUGAACCCUGGUGAAUCAGUGGUGGAGUUCUUGCCACCUGCAGAGUACCAACUCAACAACGCUGAGCUGAAGCAGGUACUAGACCAGAGCUCCUCCCCUGGAGACUUUGCCUGUCGCUUACUCGUGCAGCUCUUUCCUGAGCUCUUCACCGAAGAUGAGGUCAAUAGGGGUUGCAAUGUCUGCAGGUUCACGUCUGAGAAGAAACUGGACACCCUUCACCUCCAGCUCAUCAGAAACUAUGUUGAUGUCUGUUAUCCAUCGGCCAGGAAUGGGAACAUCUGGCAGGUAGAAUGCCUGCCGCAAAUAAGUGACUUUUUCAACAGGUUUUGGGCACAGAGGGAAAUGGAGAGUAGUCAGCAGAAUGCCAAGGUGAUCAACUUUUAUCAGGCAGACCAUGGCUUGGAGCAGCCCCAGCCUAACUGCUACAUCGAUGACAACGCACAAGAUGAAGGAUUGUCCAUGGACUCCUCCAGCAGCAUAAGCUCAGACUUGGUUUUGGAACCACAGGAAGUAAGCGAGUACCUGGAGGAAGCUUCAUCUCCUGGAGAGUUUGCCAUCUUGCUGGUCCAUCGAUUUUUCCCGGAGCUUUUUGACGCAAGAAGUUUGGCGUCACAGUCCAGCUGUUAUGGCUCGUCCGAGAAGCAGGCGCUUGAUCCACAGAGGAUGCAGGUUAUUCGGAAGUACACGGAAAUCUACUUUCCUGAUGUGCAAGACGACGAGGUCUGGUUGCAUCAGAUCGUCCGUAAGCUGGACGAAGAGCUGGCAAGCGUCCACUCUGAUGGGAGUGAGUCCGAUGUCUAUAGAAACGAAAGCCGCUGCUCCUCCAACGUCUCCAUGGUCGGAAGCAGUGAGAGCUUCGACUUUGACAAAUCCACACAGAAGUUAAAGAAAGUCUGGCUGAAGCCUGUCGAUUUUAACAGCCUUGUGAUACCCCCUCCAGACUUUGACGUACCUUGCCCAGAGCACAUGCUCGACAAGCACCAGUUAAAAAACAUCUACGAGAACAGCCUGUCCAUUGGAAAUUUCGCCUCCCGCUUGUUGGUGAGGCUGUUCCCCGAGCUCUUCACACCAGAGAACCUGAGGAAGCAGUACAAUUGCAGUGGCUCCCUCGGCAAGAAGCAGCUGGACCCGGUACGGAUAAAACUCAUUCGGCACUAUGUGCAGUUGAUGUAUCCCAGAGCCAAGUGCGACAAGGCAUGGAACCAAGAGUUCGUAUCGAAGCUGGAUGAGAGGUGCCGGCGAAGAGACACCGAGCAAAGGCGCGUUUACCAGCAGCAAAGAAAGAAGUCCAUCAUCAGCAAUGAAAAGGAGGAGCCAGCAGUUUCAGCAGUCCAGCCAGAGCAAGUCAGAAAGGAAGCAGUGCAGACAACGCCAGAGAGAACAGAACGGUACAACAGAAAUUUUUGCAAAGUGGCACUCAAUGAACUGAACAUCCCUCCUAUUGAUUUCCCAGUAUCAAAUAAAUAUCUACUCUCCACUAAAGAUUUAAAGGAAAUAGUGCAGGACAGUCUGUCAGUUGGGAACUUUGCUGCCCGACUUCUUGUCAGGAUCUUCCCAGAGCUGUUUACAUCUGAAAAUCUCAGACUACAGUACAACCAUUCAGGUGCAUGUAACAAGAAGCAGCUGGAUCCAGUCCGCUUGAGGCUUAUUCGGCAUUAUGUGGAAGCAGUUUACCCUCGGGCCAAGAGUGAUCAAGUUUGGCACCUGGAGUGCAUACCGAGCAUCGAUGAGAGAUGCAGGCGGCCAGACAGGAGGAAGUCCAAGAUUAUGGGGAAGUCCAAGGAUAAGAAAAGUUAAACAUACUCUCAGCCGUCCUUAGAGAUAUCAAAUUGGGUUUUUAAGGAGGUUUACCACAAAAUAGUGACUCAUUUGUAAAGUUUACCACAGGCGCAGAUAAGCUAAAAAUAUUUUUUAAAACUUCAAAAGAACCGUAAGUGCCAGCUCAACAGAGAACACACACUUGGAGUUUCCACCUCCUUGAUUAUUUUGCGUACAUUUCAUUUCUUUUCAGUGUGGAGUACUGAGUUAUUUCAAAGAAUGCACCAUCUCUUUUCUGUUGGUGCCACCCAGAGCAAAAUCAUAAACUAAAGAUAAUCUGUCUUCACACUUGAUUCGGUCACGGGGGACAAGAUUUCUGCUCUGCCCAUCCCAGUGUGGAGUUAACCUCUCAACGAGGACUGUGGUGUUUCUGUUAAACUCCAUUGGGGAAGGGAUCAGCUAUUGGGAAAAUUAGUGAGGUGGUGCCUUUGAGGAUCCAUGGAAACAGUUCCCAGCAAGAUGUUAUGAGGGGAGUUGAGGUUUUGACAUGCUUUUGAGGUGUUGAGGAGUUGUGUACUGUGUUCAUUAUUUUGCCAUUUCAUUUUUGAAGUCUGCUUUCAGAUCUAUGCAGGAAAGAUGGAUUGAAACUUAUUCCUGACUUGGGAGUAGGGCCUGCUGGGAAAAAGCUGUGCUCGGCCCUCUGCCCUGCCGACUGAGCAGGCCUUGCCCUGCAGAGAAGUGGGGACCAGGGACUUGCACAGCCCACCUAUCAAAGCAUACUGCUUAAGACAUCCAGAAACAAAAAAUCUGUAGCUAGUCAACUGGACACGGAGUACAGUACUGUGCUCCUGCCUUGGCUGCUGUCUGCACCGGGAAUAACAGCUGUUAUGGCUUCUGUUACCAUGGUGCAGGAUUUUUUUUUAUACUGUAUCUUUCCUUGGACAAGGAGUGAUGUGAUAUGCCAGUGUGUGUUUGUAGAUUCUUGUUUCUGUGGCAAUGAGGAGCAAGUGUGAAAAGCUGGUCUGGGAAUGCUUGUUUCUGUGGAAAUUAAAGCAACUAGUGGAGGCAUUGCUCGUUUCCAUGGAGACAACAGUACGUGAGGCCUGUGAAAGCUGCUUGUUUCCACAGAGACUGUGGUGAAUAUAAGAGGCUUGACCUUCCUCCCCACCCCCCACCCCUUUCUCCCCAGUGAAUCAUAAAACUGAAAACCUGGUACUUGAUAAGCCAAUCACAAUUCUCCCAGAGGCUGUGGAGUGAAAUGGUGAUGAAAUCCAUGUUAAUAUCCCACCUUUUUACCCCAAGACAUCACAAACGUGAGCAGCAGUCUCGUGGAUCUUCCAACCUGGCUGAUGACACCUAUUGCCUCACGGUGGUCAUCAGCCCAAUCAUGGUCAAAGAACAUGUAUUGCUCAGAUGGAGGCAAUUUGCCAUGCCACGUUUGUGCUGUCCGAAGUAAGGUUAAUGAGACUUCCCAGCCCCCAGACGAGGCCAUGGGAAGUCUCAUUGUCUUUACUUCAGAGCAGUGGCCACUGAGGUUUUCUCCCUCUUCCAGGCAGUGGGGUCCAGAUCAUCACCAUCCUCUGGAUUUAAAAGAAAAAGCCUCAGCUCCUCUUAUUAUAUUCUUUUGCUCACUGUUAUUGAAAAAUGGUACCUACUAUGCUGUAAAGAAAAAAAUUUGAGAAGGAAACUGCUAAUUUCUGAGAUACUUGAAUGUUUCCCAGUUGACACUCAUUGGGUUUGUACUAAUUGUUUACUGAGAAGAAACAUAGUAAAUAACUAAAUAUACAAAAAGUAUUGUAUACCAAAGCUACGAGUAAUAAACCAGCAUCCUUGAGACUAGUUUGUAGAUUUUUGUACUGAAGGAAUGCAAUUUUAGUGCUUUUAAAGAGACUUGUAAUCUGAAUGUUUCUUUUUAGUUUAUGCAUUUGACUGUCAAACCCAGCACAAGUUUUAUAAUUUGAUUAUCACUUGACUCUUGGAUAUACUAUAUAUUGUUUUGGUAUAUUUGUGUAUGUCACUUAUCUAUAAUCAACUCAUGAAGACAAUGUUUUAAAUAGACUAAUUGUCAACAAAAAAUAUGUAUUGAAAAUGGGUAAGUUUAUUUGUGCAUUUCCUCUUGGAACUGUGAACAUAUUGUAGCCAAAACCCUCUGUGGUUGUCUCAGUAUGAAAGUACAAUACAUGCAACUUGAUUUUCCUUUAUAAAAAAUGAUU